AUGUUUUGGGGUUGUUUCGGUUACAAUGGAGUUGGACCUUUGCAGCCUAUUGACGGUAUGAUGCGUUCUGAGCAGUACAUUACUAUUCUGGGUAAAAAAAAAUAUGAGUCAAAACCAGAAAUAAGUGUGGAAACACGUGCAGUAAUUAUUGCACUCCAUGCAGAAGGCUAUUCAAGUAGACAAAUUGCCUUUAAAACUAAUGUUUCUCAGACCAUUGUUGUCAGAACUUUGCAAAGGAAGAAAGAAACUGGCCAAAAUAAGAGCAGCCAGCGAUCAGGGAGACCUAGAAUAACGUCCAAAGGUGAGGAUAAGUUUAUCCGCCUUCAAAUUAAGCGACAGCGGACUCGAACAGCACCAGAAAUCAAUGAGGAAUUGAAUGCUACUCGGCAGAAAAUUGUGUCAGUAUCUACUGUACAACGUCGACUUCGUGACUAUGGUUUAAAAGGUUGUGUAGCUGCCACGAAACCUCUUUAA